AUGUCACGUUUGACUGCCUCGCUGUUCCACAAGCCUUCGCCUUUCGUGUUUCCUCCCAUCCAAGCACCGCCCAGUCCCCCGGAAACGCAUUCAGAUACCAUUACCCUUGGCCCACAGACCGGUCCUCCGCCUCAUCCGUUUGGUUCUCAGGAUUAUAUUAUCAACGAGGCUAGUUUGGCAACCGGUAGCCCCGACACUUCUGGCUCUCGCUUCAAGAGGGGAUCCUCUCUGCCAUACCAUAGCUCAGGAGUCAGGGACAACAAGGAGAGGGGAACCCCUCGCAGCGCGAAAGCUCUCGUCAUCAUCAUCCCUCCUUCACCUCUGGUGCAAGACUACAGUCGUCUUGGACAUGCAUCUCACGUCGGGGCGUCCAACCGGUUAUCACAGGGUGUAGUUAUGCCGCUCUUUCCGACAUUAUUUGCUCAAUUAUCAGCCAUUGCGAAAGAGUUUAAUUUUCCCAGUACGACCGGCCUUUGUCUUUACUUCCAUCACAUUGAAGACGGAAUCACCAUAACACCACGCAUCUCGGACGAUUCUUGGCAAGCUAUCUGGGCUCAUCUUUCAGACCCUACACCAGCGAGCGGACGUCGCUUGAUUAGUGGGAAGAUGGAAUUCGAUGUUGACCUUCGCCUGGCUCGCUGGUAUUCAUCAUGGGUGUCCGCUAUACACAGAGAAAACACCGAACCUUUCACCUACCAUCCUUCCACAGCGCCGUCAUUGGCCCACUUCAGGGCGGACAGUCGCACAACAAUGGCGGAUGGACGUCCUUUAUUCGAGGAGGACGGUAAUGAAAGUGUGUUGAAGCAGUACCACAGUGCACCUGUCGGUCGCCACAUACCCCGAAAGCUGUCGCUCGUGGAGCGCUUUGACACAACUGCUCAGCCAGACCCAAGGGCCAGCGUGUUGUCAGCCUCUCCGCAAGACAUUCCAACUAACGGAUCGCACGUCCUUACGACGAUCAUGCAGGAGGACGAGCCUAAGACAGCGAAGCAGAAUUUGGAUAUUCGGGUGAAGUCAUGGAGGGCGAGUGCGCUCACGGCACCUGGCCCUCUGGCAGCCUCCGGUCAGACCAGUCUUGACCCUUCGAAUAUCCCGAACAACGUGGAGAUAGCGACAUCUUCUACUCCCGUAUCAGAGGAAGAAUUCAGAUUAGAGGACUUCACUUGGUCAGUCACGUCGGCGGGCCCUCUAUCCUACGGAGAGAUUUCACCAGUCUCUUGGAGCCGCACAUCGUCGGUUGAUUUGGCACACCGGGUAGAAGGGUCAGUAUUCAGCACGCUAUCCUACCACACCUCAAACGGUCCUCUUUCAUCUGGAGAGUUUUCGCCCGUCUCUUGGAGUGCUGUUGCAUCCGUUCAUUUAGCCGACCGUCUCGAAGGGUCUGUGUGCAGCACAGAAUCUUAUCGUACUUCCUUUGGACCAUCAGAGUACGACCCCCUCUCGCCUGCUUGUGACAAUGGCUACCCUGCCAUCCCGACCCCUGACAUCGCCCGCCGCUUCAUUGAGAGCAUUCCAUCCACUCCUGGGACGGCAACGACAUGGGGUGCGCCUUUAUCGUACCCACCUUCACCCCGAUGCGCCUCCCCAACGCUAUCUGUUGACCUUUGCGAUCGACUUAGGCUGGAUGACUUGGAACCACCUUUGCCUCAUUAUCCGCGUCCGGUGCCCGAAGACUCGCCUAUACCUUCAACAGAGGACAAAGCCCUGGCACAAAAGGUCAUCGACGUUUGGAGUGAGAAGCCCUGGUCACAUGUCUGGCCGUAUAAUCAGAAGUCGCAAGCCACUACGACCUCGGGAGCGGCAGGUUGGGCGAAAGUUGAUGUCGCGCGGGUUCUCGAGAAGGCUAGUCCUGCAGCACAGGAGGAGUCUGAAAAGAAGCAAUCAGGUUCGACCACUCUGUCGCCGGAGGCGCGUACCAAGGCGCAGAUGGUCCUGGAUACAUGGAACGACCGUCCUUGGUCGCACGUAUGGCCGUAUAACAAAUCUCGCACAGAAUCUGUAACUGCACGUCAGCCUGCUCUCAAAGCUUCAUCAGCUUGGAACAAGGUCAAGGCGCCCGAUGUGAUUUCGAAAGCGGUGGUUUUCAAGUGCGAACAGACAUACUCAGCGUUUGGAUAUCCUUUCCUCAGGAUUUAUGAACCUGUGUAUCCCCACUUCGACCUGUACCCUUCCUUGCCUGGUACCGUCAAUGCGUCCCAUGGUUCUGAUGAUACGGAAACCAGGCCCUCGUUCUGCACCGUUUACGUAGUCUCUGUGUAUCCCACCUUCGAUUUAUAUCCAGCUGUAUAUCCCUACAAUCUUACUAAUAUUUAUCCGAGUGUUGCCAGAUCCGCGGAGCUCGUUGGGGCUCAAGCGGCUUAUCCCUACUUCAAUAUCUACCCGGCGGUCAGGCCUCCUUACAACGCUUACCUAUCACUCUACCUAUCAACACCACGCUCUCAAUAUCCUGUCUUUGAACUUUACCCGACAGCAGCAUCGCUUGGCCAACAAGGCGACGCAUCCCGGUUGGUCACGGAGCUAAGUUCCCGGUCUCAGUCCGUCCAUCUCCACGUGUAUCCCGCUCUCAACAUUUAUCCUGCAGUGUACCCCUUCUUCGACCUUUAUCCCGAUGUAGCCCCGCUUCCUAGUGUCUGCAUUCAGCCAGGAGUUGCAGCUGUCUCUGUUGACCGUCCACUAUCAAGUACUGCAUGUUUGAAAGUGGCCAUCGCGCCAGCGUAUCCAUCUUUCAACCUCUAUCCGAGCGUCUACCCAUAUUUGGAUAUCUAUCCAGGGCCGUACUUCUCUUCUGAGGCAUCUCGACUUGUAGUUGAAUCAAGACAAAGCACUUCUGUCUCAAAGACGGCACAGCACCAAUUCGUCUUUGCUUCCACAGCGCAAUACCCCUACUUCAACAUAUAUCCAGCAGUUUACCCCAAUUUCGAUCUCUACCCCUCCAAGCUAGAAAUCCCGGUCGCUCCAGCCCCCACCCCAGCCCCGGCUGUCCCUCACCUUCAAAUCAACCGCAAGACAAAGGCGAAUAGCAGGUUGACCCACUCGGAACUGCAUGCCAUGGUUAUGAUGGAGAGAAUUAGUUCGAGAGGAUCUUUUGACCGUGCCGAUCUUCAGCCAAGGCUGCAACCAAGGCGACAAAACUCUAGCUUGCCUACACUGCCUUCAAGUAAUCUCAACGAUGCAGGGCACUCGUCGCGCCUGGAUGGUAUUCGGAGAAGCCUUAGCCUAUCGUCGAAUCAAAGCGGCGAUGUUCGACGACCUGAAGUUCUCAAGUUUGCGGGAACGGACUCCGGAAGGAACGAGGCCAUUGUCUACGCACACAAUGACAAGCAGACACUCGGUGUCGCACAAACGAGACAGCUUAGUGUUGCAGAGAGCAAAGGCCUAUGA